AUGGUCGCCCAAAAGACGACCAUUGACAUUUUGCACAAGGAGGGCAAGAAACAAAAGGUGAUUGCUAAAGAGGCUGGCUAUUUACCUGCAGCUACACUGACUAUAGAGCCCAGAUGGAGUCCUGUGUUCACUGGAGAGUCAGUCACUCUGAAGUGUGAGAUUACUGGUUAUGAUGGAUGGAGAUAUCAGUGGUAUAAAGGCAGCAGUAAAACUGCAGUCUCAGAGUCUCAGAUCAACACCUUCACCAUCAGUUCAGCAGCAGAUCAGGAUCAGUACUGGUGUAGAGGAGAGAGAGAUAACAGACCCAGAUCAUCACAGAACAGUAAUAAAGUUACUCUUACAGUGAGAGAUUUACCUACAGCUUCACUGACUGUAGAUCCAGGCAGUACUGUGUUCACUGGAGAGUCAGUCACUCUGAAGUGUGAGAUUACUGGUUCUGGUGGAUGGAGAUAUCAGUGGUAUAAAGGCAGCAGUCAGAUUACAACAUCCACAGAUAAGAAACACACCUUCACCAUCAGUUCAGCAGCAGAUCAGGAUCAGUACUGGUGUAGAGGAGAGAGAGAUAACAGACCCACAUCAUCACAGAACAGUACUAAAGUUACUCUUACAGUGAGAGAAACACCUAAACCUGAACCUAAAACACUUAAGCUUAAUGGAGAAACCGUCACUCUCAGAUGUGAUUUACAGGGAGGAGGAGACACUGAGUGGACAUACAGCUGGUAUAAGAAUGAGACCAUUGUCCACACAUCCAACACAUCUCAGGAGUACAGAAUUAGCUCUGUUAACCUGACUGACAGUGCUAAAUCCCAAGCAGUGCUGAGUGUGUCUCCACAGAACUGGCUGACUGAAGGAGACUCAGUGACUCUGAGCUGUGAGGUCAGAGACUCUUCUACAGGCUGGAGGUUCAGCUGGUACAAAGAGAAGGAUGAGCUCCUGUCAGACAGCAGCAGAAGAUCUGGAGGCUUCUACACACUCAGCUCUGCUGCUCUUAAAAACACAGGAGUUUAUAUGUGCAGAGCAGAGAGAGGAGAACCAGCCUAUCACACACAGUACAGCAACCCACAGCCUCUAUGGAUCACUGCAUCAUCUUCUCCAGUAUCUCUGAUCGUCAGUCCCAGGAGAUCUCAACACUUUCCUUUAGACCCUCUCUCACUGAUCUGUGAGGGACAGAGUAGCUCUACUGGAUGGAGAGUGAGACGAUACUCACUCAGUGAGAGUAAGGUGUCAGAUUGUUCCUCAGGCUGGGGAUCAGUUACAGGAUCUACAUGCAACAUCAGCUACCUCAUCCCCACCGACACUGGAGUGUACUGGUGUGAAUCUGAAUCUGGAGGGAGCAGCAAUCCUGUUAACAUCACAGUGCACAGUAAGUCUUCAACUGCCUGA